GUGUUAAAAAGAAAUUAAGGAUUGCUAUUGAUAUUGCUCGUGGAUUGAAUUUUUUAAGAGCAAUUAUUCAUCGAGAUAUAAGAGCAGAAAACAUUUUGAUCACUCAUCAUGAAACUGCAAAAAUUGGCAACUUUUAUCUGAGUAGGCAUUUUUAUGAUGAUACGAAAAACCUUGAAGCAACCCAAGAUACAGUUCGUUAUGCAGCGCCGGAGAUUUUACGUAAAAGAGAUUCCAAAUACACUACAAAAUGCGAAAUAUUUAGUUUCGGCAUUCUUUUAUGGGAAUUAGCAGAGGAAAGGACUCCUUACGCGCAAUAUUCAGAUUUAAUCGAAAUCAAGGAACUUGUA